GCACGUGACAACAGCGCUGCUGAGAGGGAGACGAGAGACCGGGCGACCUGACCAUCUCCAUCACCGCACAGCAGCGCGGAUGAAACACCGGUCACCUUCAGAGCAGCAUCACGGGAAAAGGCCCCGUGUCCCCGCCGCGGCUGCCUCCACGUCACAGCCAGGCGGAAUGGAGGACAAAACACCGCCAAAUCCGCGGGAACUCACCCAAAACCCCCUGAAGAAGAUCUGGAUGCCGUAUAAAAAUGGCCUUCCUGAAAAACACAUUUCUCAGAGAAAGGUAUGUAUGACCAACUGUCCCACCCUGAUCGUGACAGUUGGCCUUCCUGCCAGGGGGAAGACCUAUAUCUCCAAGAAGCUGACCCGCUAUCUCAACUGGAUCGGCGUGCCUACCAGGGAGUUCAAUGUUGGUCAGUACAGGAGAGACUUUGUGAAGAUCUACAAGUCCUUUGAGUUCUUCCGUCCAGACAAUGAGGAGGGGUUGAGGAUCAGACGACAAUGUGCCUCAGCAGCGUUGAACGAUGUGAGACAGUAUCUCACAGAAGAAGGAGGCCAAGUGGCGGUUUUUGAUGCAACAAACACGACCAGAGAAAGGAGGGAAACCAUCAUCCAGUUUGCAGAGCAGAAUGGCUUUAAGGUGUUCUUCGUUGAGUCUGUGUGUGAAGACCCAGAUGUCAUACAGGAGAACAUAGUGCAAGUGAAGCUGGGCAGCCCCGACUACACCAACUGUAACACAGAAGAGGCUGUGGAAGAUUUCAUGAAGAGGAUCAAGUGUUAUGAAAACUCCUACGAGACGCUGGAUGAAAUCUUGGACAGGGAUCUCUCCUUCAUUAAAAUCAUGGACGUGGGUCAGCGGUACUUGGUCAACAGGGUGCUGGACCACAUCCAGAGCCGGAUUGUCUACUACCUCAUGAACAUUCACAUCACGCCGCGCUCCAUCUACCUGUGCCGCCAUGGCGAGAGCGAGCUCAAUGUCAAUGGUCGGAUUGGAGGAGACUCGGGCCUCACGCAUAGAGGCAAAGAGUUUGCAAAGAAGCUGAGCCAGUUCAUCCAGGCGCAGGGCAUCAGAGACCUGAAGGUGUGGACCAGUCAGAUGAAGAGAACCAUCCAGACAGCUGAAGCUCUCUGUGUGCCCUACGAACAGUGGAAGGUCCUGAACGAGAUUGAUGCAGGUGUGUGUGAGGAGAUGAUGUAUGAGGAGAUCCAGGAGCACUAUCCUCUGGAGUUUGCUCUGAGGGACCAGGACAAAUACCGCUAUCGCUACCCGAAAGGAGAGUCCUAUGAGGACCUGGUGCAGCGGUUAGAGCCGGUCAUCAUGGAGCUGGAACGGCAAGAGAACGUGCUGGUCGUCUGUCACCAGGCCGUCAUGCGCUGCCUGUUGGCCUAUUUCCUGGACAAGACAGCAGAGGAGCUGCCGUACCUGAAGUGCCCACUGCACACUGUGCUGAAGCUAACGCCGGUGGCCUACGGGUGUAAGGUGGAGUCCAUCUGCUUAAAUGUGGAAGCAGUCAACACACACCGGGAAAAACCAGAGAAUGUGAACAUCCACCGUACGACCCAAGACGCCCUGCAGACCGUCCCUCCUCACCUCUGACUGCAGCUGGACCUCUAGUCCUCUCGCUCCCUUUUGACGGACUCUCGUGGUCAAUUCACUUUUCCAAUCUGCACUACCUGCUCACCGUGGUGACCGUCUGGGUGACGUGCCUCCUCUUACUCCUUGACCACCUCUGCCACAUGCACACACACCUUUCUGUAACUCUUAUGUCCGUCUCUUUGGAUUUGAAGGACCUCAUCAGGUUGUGUGUCUGGGCCUCAGUGUCGGUAUUUUAAAGGUGUGACACUCAGAUUAUUUAUGAAUGAAACACUUGGCUCGCAGCAGGUUCCUGUCUAUGUGUUGCUAUAUUCAGUUUGGUUACUGUAUGUUGAUAUUGUGCAGCAGUAGAAUUAACCCUGAGGGUUAAAGUAUUACCCUCGUGGCUUCAUCGAAUGAUCCGCCUGCUACAUGUCUGAUAUGGUACUGUAUCGUGAAAUCAUUGUUUUAUGUGACGUGUCUUCAGUGAUGAUGUGCAAUGUGAAGGUUACAAACCUACCUGGAAACAUAUAUUAUGAAGCAAAGUAUUUUAUUAUGUGAUGAUUCAGUGAGUGAGUGAAUGGACUGGGUCAUUAUUAGAGUUUCUAUGGUGGAAACAAAUUUUAUACACAUGGGUUAAAUCAAAUCACAGCUUUCCUCUGAUGAUUCAGACUUUUAAUGAGAACACCUUUUUUGUGAAGAUUAUAAACAGUAUGGGAAACUCAAAAAUGCAUAAAAGCUGUCGGUGUCGACACGGUCGUGACUUCUAAAUGUGCGUCCCAGCUCCACUAUAAUAAAGAUGUGAUAUUUUUAUAAACAAA